ACGGUGUAUCUUGGCCUAGCGUUAAAAAGCUGUGAAGAGUGCCAGGGUUUGUCCGUGCUCUCGCGCGGGACUCCUCCUGGCUGGUGACGUCACGCCGCGUCUCCUAAUGUAAGCGAGGCGCUCGAGCUCGAGGCGCGCGCGUAACGGUCCUCACUCAUGACGCCGACCGCAUCUUCAAACAAAUAUUAUGGAAGUCCAUUGAUCUCUCACACUGAAACAAAAAUGGGAAGAAAAACGUGAGACAAGAAGUGGAGUUUGGAAGCAUUACACACCAUGGCUGCCCAUCGCAUUCGAUCAGCGAACAACAAUGCUGUGCUCCCUCGUUGCAGAUCUGAGGGGGCUCUCAUCGAUCUCAGUGAAGGAGUGUCAGAGGCCACCCUUACAGAUGUUAAAGUGCCUUCACCUAGUGCCUUACGACUGGAUACUACUGCCUCAUUUGGAGCUGUCAGGGAAGUGAUUGCCAUUAAGGAUUACUGUCCAUCCAGUUUUACCACCCUCAAGUUCUCCAAGGGAGACUGUCUUUAUGUUAUAGACACCUCGGGUGGAGAGUGGUGGUAUGCACACAACAGUAAAGAGAUGGGAUACAUCCCAGCUGCUUACGUCCAGCCACUUAAUUAUCGAGAUUCCACAUUCAGUGAUAGCGGCAUGAUUGACAGCCUAAGUGAUAUUUCUGAGGGAAUGAAAGAAAUGGAUAUCUCUGGGGAGUGGACGGGGUCCACCAAAACCACAGAAUCUAAAAAUGACAAUCCUUUUGUUAAUAAACGUAUGUCAACUAACCCUUUCCUAAAUGGCUCGCUGCAAAGCACCCCUGACCAAAACAGCAACCAGAAUUUAACAAAGGCUUUGUGUUUUAGUAAUCUCUCACCUCCCAUUUCAAACACCAGCAGCACUAUUAAUAUUAAUGGUUUUGAAAGUGGGCUGUUUGACACAAAAAGUAUUAGCCCUGGCUCAGAAAUUGGCCCAAGUUUCCGCAGAGAUAAUCCAUUUUUUAGGAGCAAACGCUGCUACAGCAUGUCAGAACUGUCUGUCCUACAGGCCUUGUCUGAUGGGAAUCAAGGUUCCUUGAGUUUUUUUGGUGGAAUGAAGUCACCUAAACCUGAACAUUAUCAAAGCAGAGAUGAUUUCAAAACAGCAUGGCUAAAUCACCGUAAACUUACACGAUCCUGCCAUGACCUGGACUCCAUUGGACAAAACCCAGGUUGGGGGCAAACCCAGCCAAUAGAGACCAACAUUGUGUGCAACCUGGACAGUUCUGGUGGUGCCGUGGAGCUGCCAAAUACCAGUAUCAGUAUACAUAUUCCAGAGGGUCAUGUUGCAUCGGGUGAGACUCAACAGAUAUCAUUGAAGGCCCUUCUGGACCCACCUUUGGAGCUUAACAAUGACAGAUGUACUACCGUAAGUCCAGUGGUAGAAGUAAAACUCAGUAACAUGGAAACCAAGACCCCAGUCACUUUAGAGAUGAAGGUGUCUGUUGUAGUGAAGAUAGAGAGCCGCAAAACCACAGAGGUGGUGUGUGUGAGAAGCGACUUUAAGGAAGGUCCAUAUGUCCCAAUUCCACAUGUGUACAUGUAUGGAGACACCGUUCAAGUGACUCUGGACAAUUUAGAGCCUUGCAUGUACGUCUCUGUAGUUGCCCAAGCACAAACGGUGGCCCCAUACAACACUGUCUGGGAACAUGUUGUAAAAAAGGUCACUCUUGGUGUAUACGGCCCAAAACACAUCCACCCGUCCUUCAAGACAGUGGUGGCCAUUUUUGGCCAUGACUGUGCCCCAAAGACACUACUAGUGAGUGACACAAAAAAGCACUUACAGUCAACUCCUCCUGUUGUCCUUCAACUGUGGGGAAAGCACCAGUUUGUACUUACAAAACCUCAGGACCUUCAGGUUGGCGUGUAUUCGAACAUGUCAAAUUUUGAAGUGAGAGCCAAUGAACAGGCAAGGACCGUGAGGGGAUUUCAGAUCAAACUUGGCAAAGUGGCCCGCCUCAUCUACAUGAUCGCAGCACGUGAUUCAACUGACAUUUCAGACUUUACUUUGCGUAUUCAGGUCAAGGAUGAUAAGGAUUGUAUCUUGGCCCAGUUUUGCGUUCAGACCCCAACCCCACCACCAAAAACAAGCACAAGAAGCUCCGUUCAAAGGCGCUUCCUCAAGAAAAAGGAAGUAAACAAAAUCAUACUGUCUCCUCUUGCAGCGACCGCAAAGUACCCUGUGUUUCAGGACAGACUGGUCAAAAACCUAAAAUUUGCUAAGUUUGUUAAAACUGUUGUAAGACAGUCCAAAAGCCUGUACUUGCUAGAGUAUCUUAAAGGUGAUGUAGUGGCCCUUUUGAGUGAGGAAAAAAUAAAACUGAAAGGGCAUCUAUGGACCAAAGAGUGGUACAUUGGAUAUUACCAUGGAAGAAUUGGGUUUGUGCAUGCAAAAAACAUUCUUGUCAUGGGAAAAGUGAAACCUCUUAAUUUCAAAGGGUCUGAUCUUACAACUACAAUCCUUUUAGAGCAACUCCUAAAGCCCUGCAUGUGCCUGACGUACAUCUACGCAUCUGUGCGGACAAUACUGAUGGAAAACGUGGCGAGUUGGAGGGUGUUUGCUGACGCUUUGGGCUACGUCAAUCUGCCUCUGACAUACUUCUGUCGGACAGAGGCAGAAAGUGAGCCUGAAAAAGUUGCUUCUGUUCUUGAGAAGCUUAAGGAAGACUGCAACGCAGCUGAGGGCAAGGAGAGGAAGUCUUUCCAGAAGGAACUCAUGAAGGCUCUUCUGAAGAUGGACUGUCAGGGUCUGGUGGCACGGCUGGUCAUGGACUUUGUGCUGUUGACUACAGCGGUGGAGGUGGCGGGACGCUGGAGGGAGCUUGCUGAGAGACUGGCUAAAGUGUCCCGGCAGCAGAUGGAAGCGUAUGAAGCUCCACACAGAGACAGCAGGGGACAACUGGACAGUGAGGCCAUGUGGAAGCCUGCCUAUGACUUCCUGGUCACGUGGGCAUCCCGGAUUGGGGACAGUUACAGGGAUGUGAUUCAGGAACUUCACACUGGAUUGGACAAAAUGAAGAACCCUAUUACCAAGCGCUGGAGACACAUCACAGGCUCCCUCAUCCUUGUCAACUGUCUGGAUCUCCUACGGAGCUCUGCUUUCAGCCCCUGCUCUCAAGAUGACUGCGCCAUAUAAAGACUGCAUACUGCCAGAACCACUUACACCUGAUUUCAACUUUAUUCAUUGUGUGGUUUUUAAUAUUCUUAAAAGCACUUAGAUGUUUUGCACAAUAGAUGCACAGUAAAUUGUACACUGAACCGAAUUACUGAAAAGCGUAGGCCUGUUACUGGUGUUUUAAUACGAUUUUAAAAUCUUCGUGUAAAAUAAGACAUGAUUGUUUUAUUCAUUGCAUAUCGUCAUGAUUUUAUACUUGUAUAUUUUGCACAAAAGAAACACUUUUACAUACCAGUAAGUUUUUUCACUAAUACUGUAACAAUCUUACUGUUUUAUGCUUUGUUUUGUGAUGACAACACCGUAUGCUAAACUGCCUGUUUUACUUUGCUCUAAAUGUCUGUUGUUUAGUUUAAAGUAGUUUAAAGUAGCCAAUGUGUAGCCAAAAUUAAGAUGGAAAAAUAAAACAUUAUCAGCUUAAUAAAGAGAUACACCACAUAUUAGAGUAAUGGGAUCGCUGUAGGGCAGUUGUAAAUAAAAUGUCUCAAAGUAAAGUAAAGUAAGCAUUUGCUCACCAUUAAUGUGUUACGCUGGGGGCGGACCUUUUGCUUUUUGAUCAUUUUAGUGUUAUUGAAUUUUACACUUACAGUUUACGGGAUGCAACGGAAGUCGAAAGUUUUUUGCACAUGCUUCUAGUAUGCUUCGUUACGGUGCGUGCAAAUUAAUGCCGUCUCAUCUUUAUAAAAAUAUAGGUCUACUAUCAAGAUUUCUGACGAGUGACUCUUCUUUGAUGUUGAUAUCAAAUUAUGAUUUUAAUUUGUGCAGAAUAUACGAAGAUAGCCGAAAAACAGUUAUUAAAACAGUUGAUUGUGAUGAUGGCCUAAUUCCAAAAAGCACAGUUUUCCCCGAAAAUGCACAUUAUAUUUAAAAGAUGUAGUUUGUUGUUCAAAGGUAAGGUCCAUGCGAAUUCAGUGCAAAUUUAUCCGUUGAACGCGUUAUUCAAAAUGAAAACAACUCAUUGAAUUUCUAUAUUGUCACUUUGAGUAAAAAUGUAGUUAUGUAUUAUGUAUAAACUAGGCCUAAUGUUAAAACUAAACCUUUUGGAAACGUUAUAAAUGUGGUCAGAGCUAACAGCUGUCCUGUUUUCCUAGCUUCCUAUCAUGUCUUGCACAAGAUCACAGCACGUAACAACAGAUUUGCUUUGUGGAUUUUACUGUAAUGUCAUAAAAUGAACACAUUAACAUCACUGACAUGCUGAAAGUAAUAUGUUAUUUCUCUCCACCUUUCCUCAGAAGAGCUUACGUAUCAAGUUGGCUACAUGUUUGUAGAGUUACGAGUAUAGCGGAUAGGAUGUCCUUGAUGGGAUGACUUUGUGUGACAAAACUGACUUAAGUACAUUAAUCCAGUCGCAGUUAAAGUGUAACAUUGAACGAGUUUUCUUCUUGCUGUGCUCACUGAGAGUUUUACCAACUUACUUGCUAUGUGAAAAUUCCAGUCUUAUCACUCCAGUAUAAUUUUUCUCGCUGCCUGACAGGCUUUCCCAGCAAAAAUGAUGACCAAUGUAAACAGUUAUCACUGUGGGUCUUGCAAAAAUACUCUUACAUCUUCUCACACUGAGGACACAGGCAUGCAGACAUGCAUAGUUCACAACACAAGCCUUUCAUCAGUGCCCUCUCUCACUCUCUGGGGAGAACCCUGGACUACCACAAAAAAAGUAUAAUAUAAUGAGCAUGUACAGUCAGCGGAAGAUUUUAUACAGUUGUAACUAUUCCACAGAUACAGUCAAGCAAGUGUGUGUCUGUUUGUUAUGAUAUGCCAUAAAUAAACUUCUUUUUUGGGG